AUGAAAACCCAUUGUUUUUCUGCUAGACAUUAUACAGAUAAUGAUAAUAAAGAAUUUAAUAACCUUAUGUCAUAAGAACAAAUUGAACAACGAUUUGCUAUAAUUGAAAAACAAAACUCUUUUAGAUAAAUUAAAAGAAGAAACACUAUUUAAGUAAGGUAAAAUAAAAUUGAAGAUUUAUGCUUUUUAUUUGAGAAGCUCAUUAAAAAAUCAACUAAACCUAAACCAUUAAAAUUAAAAUAUUAAGCAAUAUGUUAGGAGUCAGGGAUUGAUUUUAAUGAAUUAAGAAAAUUAUCAAAAAUAGUUGAUAAAUAAGAUUAUAUUAUCAAAUGCUGUGUUAAUUAGAUUUCCUAAUAAUUUGAUAGUAUUUCUUGAUUUUAAAUAGACAUACUCUCAAAGUAUAAUACACACUCUAAUACUGAAGGAGGACAUCUAAAAAAAAAGGAUGAUAAUUUAGAUUUAUAUGGUUGGUUACAAGUGAAAUCAUAAUACAAAUCCAUUUUGAAAAGAUUAAAAUUUGCAUUGGUUGAUUUGAUUUAAACAUCAAACAAUUUUAGAAAAGUAAAUAAUUUUCUAUCAUCUAAAUCUAAAAUAAAUUCUCAAUAAGUAAGUUUUAUUAAUACUAUAAAUAAUAUUGAUAGUAAAGAAUAAUCUACUUAAUAUACUUCUAGAAUCUAAAUAAACAAUGAUAAAAAACUUAUUUUAAAUGUUCCUUAACUUUAAUAUUCUCCACCAGAGAUAUUUUUUGAAUGGAAUAAAGCAAUAGAAGAUGGUUAUAUAAGCACAGGUAAAAAUAUACAUUUAAUGGGUUAUGAAACAAUUAAAAAAUAAUUAGCUAAUGGAAUUCAUUCCUAAAAGCGAGAUUAAAUAUUAAAUAAAUGUCAAUAAACAGGGAAUUAUAUCACAGAAUAAGAACUAUAAUAUAUAGCUUCAACUAGUUUUUUAAUUAAUAAAUGUAUAGAUAGAGAUUUUAUUUAAAGAGCUAUUAAUUGUUUAGAAGAUAGUGUAAUAAUUAUAUUUAAUAUAUAAGGUUAAACAUUAAAUAGAGUUGAAUAUAUCAGAAUAAAUACUUCAAAAUUUUUAUUUCAUAAAAGAAAACUAAGUAACAAUAAGAAAUAAAUAUUUUGAAGAAUUAAAUAAAAAGAAAAGAAAAUAAAUAAGUAAAAUAAUAUCUAUAAUAUAAAGGUGAGAAUACUAAAAAUUAUGAGAGAAAAUAACAUUUUUCAAAGGAUUCUCUUUAAAUAAGAGUGAUAAAAGGAAAGUUUGUAUAAUAUUUGAAAGAAGCCCAGAAAAAAAGGUUUUUAAAGGAUGCAUUUGAUUAAAAGAAAUAGAGCUAAUUAAGAAAGCUUAAAAAUUCAGGGAAUCCAUUAGCAAAUAUAUAUGUUUAAAAAUUUAAGGAGAUUAUGCUUGGUAUAGUUAGAAGAUAUAGAGAAGUAUAAAUAAUUAUUAAUAAAGAGAAAAGGAACUGAGAAAAUAAAACAAUAAAACUUUUUAGAAAGAAAUACUUCAAAAUAAACAUUUAAACCAUUAUUUGUAAAAGGUCAAGAUGAAUUAUAAUUAGAACAAGUAAAACAUAUAUUUCACCCACCAUCAAAAUUGUUAACUGUUGAUCCUGAAGAGAAAUUUCAGUAAUAUUAGAAGGAAAAAAUAGUUAAAUGGAGCAAAAGUUAUAGAUUAGGAAUUAGAAAUUAUAAUAUUAGUUAGAAUGAAUUUAUGUAAUUUUAUAGUGGAGGGCCAUAAACUUGUAGAUAGUUUUAGAGUUAAAGAUUAAAAGAAUUAAAUGAUCAUUAAGAAGUUGAUUUACCAUCAUAAUAAUAAUGGAUAACUGAAGAAAUAGAAAUUCAAGCUGCGAAUAAAAUAAAAAUGGCAAUAAAGAGACAUUUAUAUAAAAAGAAGUUUUUUAAGGUACUAGAAAAGAAAGAAUAAUUAAAAAGCAUAGAUAUAGAACAGAGAAUAUAAAGGUGUAUGAGAGCUAAACGAUUUUUUGAAGAAUUGCAUAAAGAAUUGAAUAAUUAAUAAAAUGAAAGGUUAAAAGAUUUAACUCAACAUUCUCCUCCAAAAUUGCAAAUGGAUAAAGUAGUAUUUAUGGCUGGAUCAACUCCAAAUUCUCCAUAAAUGAAUAGAAUGAGCAGACAUAAAACUACAGAGAUCUCAUUAGCAAGUAGUCGUAUUGUUAAAUAAGUAUUUAAUAAUAAAAUAGUAGAGUGAUUUAUAGAAGAGAGAAACAAAUGAAAAAUAGAGAUAAAAAUUACUUAAUAAAUUUGUUAGAUCUAGAUUAGAUAGUGAAGCCAAAAUAAAGAAUAGAAAGUUAAUUUAAGCAGCAAAAAUGAAAAAUAUUGCAAUAGCAGAAGCAGCAGGAUUCCAUUAUACAAAAGCAGAUACAGAAUUAUAUGAUUAAAAUGGAAACACUCCUUUAUAUUAUAGUGCCAAAUAUGGAGAUGAAUAAAUGACAAAGUUUUUAUUAAAAAUAGGAGCAGAUGUAAAUUAAAUAUGUUCAAAUGGAAAUACUCCUGUUCAUAUGGCUUUUUAUUCAGGGAAUUAAUAGAUAAUAAUAGAAUUCAUAAACAGAAAUGGCAAUCUUAAUAUAUUAAAUAUGGAUAAUUUUACACCAUUAGCAUUUGGAACUUAGGAAUUACUUUCAUCUUUAAAUCUACUUCAUUGUGUUGCAACAGUAAUAAUUAUAUAUAUAUAAAUGAUUAGAUUAAAUAAGUAAAUAAUAAGAGAAUAGAUAAUCAACAUUUACUUCAUAGAAAGAUUAAAUCUGAAACAUAUGAAUUAAACGAUGAACUAAUUUUAGAAGUAAAAAAAAGAGGAUGA